UUCUUUUUUGUGGGUUGAUUUCUAAGAGGUUUAUUUGUGUUUAUCCUUUUGGGUUAAGCGUCURUUCACAGCUAUCCGGGAUCAUGUCCGCAUGAAGGUGGGAUUGCACAGAGAUCGAUCGACAGGGCGCUGAUCCAAUUAGGAACAGAUUACAUUCCAAUUAACGUAUUAUUUACAAAUAUUUACAGAGCUUUUGUUCCGUCAAGUAGCCAUAUGAGGCAUAUUAGUUCUACUUUAAUUGUAUGUCAAACAGUUUAAUCUGGUUGGUAUGCUAUGGCAGCUAUUUAGACAUCUCAUCUUGUCCAAUAUACUCAUCAGCCAUCUAACCCAUUCACACCAGACCCUCUAGCCUUGCCGCUCAAACAUGGCGACAAAUUUUAGCAUUAGUUCUUUACUAGGAGAACCUCAGAACAAAAAUCUUGAUAUUACCGUGAGAAAUUUUCAAGGUUUAGGAAAAAAUCAAUCGAAAAAUGGUGUAGGUGUUGGCGACCAAGGUCAUGAUGAAGUUGAAGAAGAUAGCGGUACUGAGUCAGUAGCUGAUGAAAUUGAAAAAGCCUUCUUCGAGAAUGGUGAGCAGACAGCAUUUCUACACGAACAAAAGAUUCACAACAACAAAGCAAGGCGAAGGCGAACAGCUUUYACCAGCAGUCAACUGAAAUCAUUAGAGGAGAAAUUCCAGGAAAAGAAAUAUUUGACAAUCAGCGAGAGAAACAACCUCGCUAAGAACAUGCAUUUGACUGAUACACAAGUGAAAACUUGGUUCCAAAAUAGAAGGACAAAAUGGAAGAAACAAAUGGCGCCUGAUUAUGAAGCAGCGCUACGAAGCGAAGGAAUCAACGCAUCAAUGUAUGGACAAUAUCCAAUACCGCUAAGUUAUUACAGCACGGAUUAUGCCAUUCCUUUUAUUCCUUCGUCUAGUCAGGGCUUUGGAGUUUUACCAAGCUUUAGAUUCCCUCCUUCGAACUUACAAGUUUUGUACUCCAACAUGACGUUAUACCCGUAUUGAAUGCGUGUUCAAUGGCCGCCACUUCUCCAUCCUUACCGCUCCUUAUCUCAGACUCUGUACAAAUAUACACUACUUCUACACGAUAGCAGGAUUUAUCAAGACAUUUUAAAACAUUUUGACUCUAAGCAAAGGCGCCGAUUAUCACUCCUCAAUAAGGUAUAUGUAAUAUAUAUUGGCUAGAUCAUUGUUUUUGUUAGUAUUGCCACUUUCAAUCCUUGAUGACAAUCAAAAGAACUCAGUUAAUUUAUUCCCCAUUUCUGAUCAGUGCGUGUUUUGUGUAAAUAAUGGUUGUAUUAUGUACAUGUUUGACUAAAAGCGAUAUAUUUGUACAUUUGAACUAUAAYUGACUUCGAAUGAAUUUGAUACGGUGUGAUUUGGGUUUGCGUGUAAAUAAUCAUGAUUCAUACAAUAUCAAUAAAUAAUUAUAACAUGGAA